CAUGGGGACGUCGUACGGGUCUCCAUAUACAACCUGCUUCCCAGCAAUGUCGUGGGGCUGCGGGGGCUGAAGGAGGGGGCCAGGGUGCUGCCAGAGGGUCAGGCGGUGGCGCUCAUCGAGCCCUACUACAAGAUCAUGAGCGACGGCGCGCCGGGCGUGCGGGUGGACAACCCAAAGGAGGUCGUGAAGCUGGAAUCACUGGCCCCUUCCAACGCUGCCGCACUGCAAGACACCGGCCGACGGCACUUUCAAGCCGCGCAGUACGAGGAAGCCGCCGGCUGCUACUCCCGCGCGCUACAGCGCAUGCCUGAGGCCGACGGCGCCGGAAGCCAGCUGCUGGUCGCGCUGCUGCUCAACCUGUCCGCCACACACAUGAGGCUGGACCAGCCUGCUCGCGCCUUGCACUGUGCCGCAGCCGCAACCGCCAUAC